CGACAUGACCUACAGAGGUACGUUUUCGUGUCGGACGGCAAUUGGCAUUUCUUGGUAAAAUCAAAGACAUCUUCUGAUCCCAAGUUUUGUCUUUACCUAUAUGUCGAUUGUAGAUCGAUUUGUUUUUAUAUAAAUAAAUAUAUAUGUAUAUAUACCUACAGAGAGAUUGUAGAUCAUACAAACGCAGAAUCGAGUACUAGUUAUAUUUGAUCCUUAUUAUGGCCGAGGAGGACAAUCAGCAAACCAAUAUGCCUCAACCUGAUGAUGAAUUAAAAACAAUCCCAACACUAAUGGAUUCAGGAUGUCACACAGUUUCAAAAACAACAUGGCCUGAGGUGGUGGGCCUGACAGCAGAUGAAGCAGAAAUGAAGAUAAAGAAAGAGAAGCCGAGGAUUCAGAUUCAGGUGGUUCCACCGGAUCAUUUUGUGACUAUGGACUUCAGAACAAACCGAGUCCGGCUAUACGUCGAUUCCUCAGGAAAAGUUGUCCAGCCACCUCGUAUUGGGUAGUUAAACUUUAUCAUUUUCUUUGAAAUAAUCUCAUUUCCAGUCCUUCCAAUAAUGAAUCUUAAAAGACCUUCAUAAUGUAUCAUAUGGAAAUGGUGAUGAUUGCUUGUCUUGUUUACAAUCUGUCAUCCAACAUCUCCAUCCAAAAAGUUGUGCAUUUUAAAUCCAAUGAAAGUACGUUUGUGUUGUGAUUUUC